CUUCGAACUCAUCACUUCCAUUGGUGUUGUCGAACCAUUACAUUGCAGGGUGACACGCACAAUUCCCAGUUGUCUUGUCUCUCUAACUCUGAAAGCUUGAAAAAAAGACCAUAAGGAAGCAAUGUUAAGAGCAUCUCACAUCCCACCAGUAGCAACACCAGCACUCUCUGCUCUCAAAAUCUCUCUGAUUCCCGCCCUCUCACUCUCUUCUUCACUUCCUCACCUUUACAAACUCUCUACAUUUGCUCCACUUCAUAAUUUCCUUCCAAAAACAGCACCACCCAAUUCAUCUCCUAUCUCCUUCAAAAGGUUCUUACCAAUGUUGGGUCACCACCCUUGUCCCAAAGCUUCGUUUAGUUCUGGGAGCGGCACUGGAGGUGGAAGAGAGUUAUUGGUGCAGCACUUGCUUGUUAAAGAAGAUGACCUCAAGCUUUUGUUGGAGCUUCAACAGAGAAUUUCAGGAGGAGGAGAGGAUUUGAGUGACCUUGCAGUGGAAUACUCAUUAUGUCCAUCAAAAGAAGAAGGGGGGAUGCUUGGCUGGGUUAGAAAAGGGCAAAUGGUACCAGAAUUUGAGGAAGCUGCUUUUAGUGCCCCUUUGAACAAAGUUGUAAGGUGUAAAACUAAAUUUGGGUGGCAUUUGUUGCAAGUUAUUUCUGAGAGGGAAGAAUCUCUACUUGGGGAAAUUCAAGCGGAUGAGCUCCAUGUAAAAAUCCAAGAUCCUACAUUUGCCAAAGAAGCUCAAUUGAUUGAUGUUCGAGAACCUGAUGAAGUGGCCAAAGCUUCAUUGCCAGGUUUUGAAGUACUUCCCCUCCGCCAGUUUGGAAGCUGGGGACCAGAAGUUACAACCAAGUUUGAUCCUGAAAAGGAUACUUAUGUUAUGUGUCACCAUGGGAUGCGGUCACUACAGGUUGCUAAGUGGUUGCAGUCUCAGGGUUUCAAGAGAGUAUUUAAUGUGUCCGGGGGCAUACAUGCAUACGCUGUCAGGGUCGAUCCAUCAAUUCCUACGUACUGACAAGCCCAUUUUUGUUAAUUGAGUUACCUUGCUUCAGUUGUUGCUCUUCUUAAAUCGAUACUGUUGUGAUGUUGUAUGCUACAGCAAUUGGGGUUUUUUGAGAAAGAACAUGAGAUAAAAGGGUUCUCCAUAGAAAAUUUUCUUACAAGUUCUGCAGUUAUUCCCCCAAGAAAAGAGAACAGAAUGAGUUUGUCUUGUUUCCUGUAUCUUAUUUGAUGUAACUAAUACCAGAAAUGGAAUUUUCCACUCAGAAGAUGCCCAUACAUUUGCCACUGAAGGGCUAUGGAAUUGAAUUAGUUUUCUCCAAUAA